UCCUCCGCAGACCUACACAGCUGUAAAUACUUCCGACUGAGUCCUCAUUUACUUCCUGUCCGAUUUCAUAAACUCGGGACAUUGAGAAGGAAGAUGCUGUCCCUGUCUCGGGCAGUGGUGUGUGGGGUGGCCCGUGCUCCAGCUGCAGUCAGCCAAGGUGGAGUGACAGCCAUUACCAGAUAUAACAGCACAGCACAGAGUGCUCCUAAGAAAACCACCUAUGGACCUCUAGCUGAUCAAGAUAGAAUUUUCACAAACCUUUAUGGACGCCAUGAUUGGAGGCUGAAGGGAGCUCUAAAGCGAGGCGACUGGUACAAAACUAAGGAGAUCCUUUUGAAGGGCGUCGACUGGAUCCUCAAUGAGAUAAAGGUCUCUGGCCUGCGUGGCAGAGGUGGGGCUGGUUUUCCAACAGGCAUGAAGUGGAGCUUCAUGAACAAGCCCAGUGAUGGCAGGCCAAAGUACCUGGUAGUUAAUGCAGAUGAGGGAGAACCUGGCACCUGUAAGGACAGAGAGAUCAUGAGGAAUGACCCACACAAGCUUGUGGAGGGAUGCCUGGUUGCUGGGAGGGCCAUGGGGGCUCGUGCUGCUUACAUUUACAUCAGAGGAGAGUUCUAUAAUGAGUCGUCCAACCUGCAGGUUGCUAUCAAUGAAGCCUAUCAGGCUGGACUGAUCGGGCAAAAUGCCUGUGGCUCUGGUUAUGACUUUGAUGUGUUUGUGAUGCGUGGAGCUGGAGCGUACAUCUGUGGUGAGGAGACUGCUCUUAUUGAGUCCUUGGAGGGCAAGCAGGGGAAACCCCGCCUGAAGCCCCCAUUUCCAGCUGAUGUGGGUGUGUUUGGGUGUCCAACAACUGUUGCCAAUGUGGAGACUGUAUCAGUAGCACCCACUAUCUGUCGUCGUGGAGGCUCAUGGUUUCUGAGCUUUGGCAGAGAAAGAAACUCUGGCACCAAACUCUUCAACAUCUCUGGCCAUGUUAACCAUCCCUGCACUGUAGAGGAGGAAAUGUCAGUUCCUUUGAAAGACCUCAUUGAAAGGCACGCAGGUGGAGUACGCGGUGGGUGGGAUAACCUACUGGCUGUAAUCCCUGGUGGCUCCUCCACACCCCUCAUUCCCAAGCAUGUGUGUGAGGAGGUGCUGAUGGACUUUGACGGUCUCAUCCAGGCUCAGACUGGCCUGGGAACCGCUGCUCUCAUUGUCAUGGACAAAUCUACUGAUAUUAUCAGAGCAAUCGCCCGACUGAUUGAGUUUUACAAACAUGAGAGCUGUGGACAGUGCACACCCUGCAGAGAGGGUGUGGACUGGAUGAAUAAGAUGAUGUGGCGUUUUGUGCGUGGUGAUGCCCGGCCAGCAGAGAUCGACAUGAUUUGGGAGCUCAGUAAGCAGAUUGAGGGACACACAAUCUGUGCCCUUGGAGAUGGUGCAGCAUGGCCAGUCCAGGGAUUGAUCAGGCACUUCAGGCCUGUGAUGGAGAGCAGAAUUGCUGAAUUCCAGCAGCAGCAACAGGCCAGGGCUUAGACAGCCCCUUUAACUCUGACAUGUUCUUCUGCCUCAUUUGCCCUUCACUCUUUGCCUGGGUCACUGACAAAUUUAUUUAAAGCGUUAAUGUGCCGUCUCAUCACCUCAUCAUCAAUAUCUGCCUUGAUGUUUGCCUUGUCCUAUUCCCAAUAAAGUUCUAUGAAUCUUAAACAUAAA